AUAAAGAAUCCUAUAGUUUUGUAUUCUAUGGAAACAUUUAAAGAAAUAGACAUUGUUAUUGUGCCAAAUGAUCGAAGUGGAAAAAAACAUCCUUUCACAGCCAGUGAUUCUGUAGGAGUAACAUCGUGUUUUUGUGGCUUACUUUUUCUUAUUUCUGAAAUCGUUUUGCUGGUAUUAGGCGAGAACGAUGGAGUAUAUAUCUUUUUAAUAGCUAAUUUUUCAUUAGUGAUUGUCUGUUUUUGUGGUUGUGGUUGCAGGUUUCUUCUCUGCAUGAGUAAAUCAAAAGAAUACAAAAUUAUAAAUAAUACGGAACUUCAAGAAAUUGCUAUUUUAUCACCGGUAACUACGAACAAUGAAACAAAUGACGAAAUUACAGAUGAUCAACAACAUAAUAAUAAUAUUCGGAGACAAUUAAAAACUCCCAUUACCAAUGUUUCGCAAUCUGCAUCUGACCUUGGAGUUAAUGGUACUGAUAAGAGAAAUGAAGGCGGAUAG